AGCCUCCGUUGCAGUCACACACCCCUCAGUAUUGCCUACCCUAUCACGACUUGACUUUUUUGUUAGCGAUGCGUUUAGCAAACAGGCAUCACUUCCGAGCAAGAACCUCACUCGCGAUACUAGUGUAGUACGUCGUUCCUUUUCGAUCCUCAUUGUGCCUGAGACGUAGUGCUCAUCAUUCAUUGCUUCAUUUUUUUUACUGUGCAAAAAUCUGAAAUAGAAGACAAGAAUGGGCGGCAAGAACAAAGGCAAGGGCCGCGGCAACAAGGGACACGGCAAGGGGGGCAAGGAGAAGGACGGCCUAACCUUUGCCUUCCAGCGACCCGCCGGUGCGCCGGCCAUCCCCGCCGCGGAGCAGAGCCGUUACCACUGCAAAUGCAAGAAGUUCAGCGGGCGGACUUCUGAAGAGGUGGCACAGAUGAUUGCGGACGGGCUCGCAGAACACACACUCAGCGACAAAAUUCAGCUCGUCGACGCCUUCAAGCGCCGAGCUUGGGACUUCGUGUUCAUCGGCGUCCGAACGAAGGACGCUGCUCUCUUCCGCAGCUUUCUGACAUCAGGAGCUAAGACUAGAAGUACUACUAGCGAUGAAAUUAUCAAAGAAGAACAACAGACGACCGCAGGCGCAGUAGGACAGGACGGAAAAACUAGUACACAAACUACAGCACCACCCGCGGCCCCACAGCAGGACCAACAAGAACUCCAGCCCGAGCAAGUCGAAAUGUUGAAAGAUGUACAGUUUCUUAUCGAAGAGCAAUACCCGAUCGCCGUCAAGGAGGCCUCCGCCCGGGCUCCCGCGGACGAGGAGACCAUCGUCGAGGAGGACCUGGAUCGGUUCGGGUACAAGAAGGGACAUAUUCCGACCUUGAUGGAGUUGAAGACGAAGCUGGCCACCUGGUCAAAACAGAAAAACAUUCCGUUAGUGGACAAAGUUUGUCCGUUGUUCAAGCAGUACGACUACGACCCGCUGCAGUUGACCAUGAAGCACACGUACACACGUACCACCUGCAAAAACAUUCUGCGCCGAAUGGUGAAGCAGUGCAACAAGAGCAAAACCCCGCCGCCGCAGUGGGCGAACGUGAACGUGCAGAAUCACGGGAUCAUCGUGGAACCGAUUCUAGACUGCCCACAAUACGCGCGAGACGCCGGCUACCGGAACAAGUGCGAAUUGUCCUGCGGGGUGAAAGAUAUUACAACGACAUCAAGUACUAGAGAAAAACAAGAAAGCCACGACGAUGACGACGGUAUCGGGAGGUUCGAAGUUGGGUUCGUGCAGCGGAUGGACCACACGAAUGAGCAGGUGAUCGGCUCCAUUCAGGAUCUGCCGCACGUACCUGCGUCCGCGAAAAACGUCUCCACCGCCCUGAAAAGCGUGAUCAAACGCUCUGGCCUGCCCGUGUACCGGAGGCACGCGUCCAAGCGCGCCGGGUUCUGGCGGCUGGUGAUGUGCCGGGUGGUGGACACAGACAAAACGACGGGAGCUUUACUUCCGGCGGACCAGCACCAAAUCCUACUUGUCAUCCAGACAACCGCGUUUCACGACCCGGUGUUGCUCGCACACUUGACAAAACUGGUGGAAGAGGAGUUCAAGGGGUUGAACUUGCGGUCGCUGUACUGGCAGAUGAACGACGGUAUGUCAGACGCGUUCGAUCCGAACGCGCCCGUGCUAAAGCUUGCUGGAAAUAAAGGUGAAACCGAAGUAGACCAAGGAGCGCUUGUGUUGGCAAAGCACCAGGAUGAGGUAGAAAGGAUUUUAGACGAAGCGCACGCGAAACCCAUGGCGGAAUUCAAGCUCGCGUUUGACGAAGCGACAAAGAAUUGCGCGCCGCUGGGCGAAAAGGAAACGCUCGUUGCCCACAUCGGGAGUAGCGUUGACACCAGUGUGACAGACCGGCAAAAUGCGUGGGAAUUUGUCCGUGGAAUGCGAAGUAACAGGUACUACACUCAGGGCCUGAAGCUGAACCUGAAGGAUGAGCCUGCUAAUGACGAUGGUGAGGACAAUGACAGCACAGAGAACAAACUUGAUGGAGCACAACGGGAUGCCGAUGUCGAUCCGCAUGAGAGCCUAUCUCCGCACGAAUCAACGAGCACGGCCGCAGCGGAGGAAGACGAAGAGGUCGACGAGGUGGAGAUGGCGGAUCAACCUGAAGAAGAUUCAGCAACUGCUUCAGGGGAGAUCCGCACAGCCAUGGGUAAUCUGAUGCGGGCCAGAACAAAGAACGAGAAGAAGAAAAAGAAGAACAUUAACGUAAAUCCCCCACAGUUGGUGUACCACGUGCUCGGUGCGGAGACCUUGAGCAUGCCCCUGUGCGGCCUUACCUUCACGUGCGGGCCGAGCAGCUUUUUCCAGACGAACUCGGUCGUCACGGACAAACUGUACAAGAAGGCGCUGACGUGGGCAGGGCUUCUAGAAAAAGAACAGCCAUUGUUGAUAGGAAGCGACAUCGAUUUGCGGAAGCUCCAAGAUGCAGCGACAGAGGAAGCAGGUAAAAGAACACAAAUCUUGUUAUGUAGCUUUGAGUUUAAUACAUCCUGCGCUUAGGACUUGUUUUUGUGCUGCAGCUCGCAUACCGAUGUAGGCUUAUACUGUGACUUUUGCCCGUUAGGGCUCCUCACUAGAAAAUCCAAAAACGUUUUCAUAAUUUGUUCCUCUUAACCUCCACAACAGCCACGGUCCUUUCCUCCUCCACCAGCAAGCCGGACACGCACCUUGUCCUUGACGUCUGUAGCGGCGUGGGGACGAUUGGGUGCAUUGCUGCGAAGUCGGACCCGAACUGCCAGGUCGUCGGGGUGGAGCUCAUUCCUGACGCGGUGCAGGCCGCGAAUGAAAACGCAAAACUCAACAACGUCAGCGACAACUGCGUCUUCUACGCCGGCAAGGCCGAAGUCGUGUUGCCGGAUUUGUUUUCCUUCCUCGAAGCUUGCAAGAAGAAAGCAGAGACAUCGUCAUCGAGCAACGACAUUGAACUCGACGCGGAACUGAGCCAGCGUUUUGCACCCGUAAUUGAAACCCUGAAAAAAGCCAGUGCUUCCCACUUCAGCCGAAUCACGGCGAUCGUGGACCCGCCGCGCACGGGCUUGCACAAGGACGUCAUUUUCGCCUUGCGAAAGAACCUGGCGAUCGACCGCUUAGUGUACGUCAGCUGCAACCCGGACACGCUGUGCGACGACGUCGUGAAGUUGUGUUCGCUGGAGGGAGAUUGCGACGAGGAGGCGUUCGUGCCGUUCAAGGGCGUACCCGUGGACAUGUUCCCGCACACCGUGCACUUGGAGAUGAUCUUGUACCUGGAAAGGUACAAACCAGCCCGGCACGACCAAAUCUGGCAGGGAGAACCGCUGUGGGUGCAGAAAAUGAAGGCGAGAGAGGAAGCAGAACGACGGGCGGGAGUCGCGGCUGAGCCCGAUGCGAAAAGACGGAAGAAAGGCGCCGAGGUGGAGAGGGACGAGAAGUGA